AUGAACGCCAAGGAGGCUCUGGCGGCCGCCAAGAAGGAGGAGCUGGUGCGGCAGCAGAUCAAGGAGAAGCUCAGCAAGAUCAACAUCACCAAGAAGCUGCUGCCGACCACGACCAAGCUGGGCAUCAAGCCGCUCACGGUGGACAGCCUGGGGCGGGUGCUGGACGAGACUGGGAACGUGAUGCAGCACCGCCCCAUGAUGCAUUCCAGGCUGAAGAUCAACCAAAACUUCGAGAGCGAGCGGAUGCAGAAGGAGGCCAUGACCGCCGCCAACGCGGCGGCGCCCGAGCGGCAGAAGCUGGAGAAGGCCUCCAAGAAGGCGGAGCAGUCGCAGUACGUGGACCCGUCGCUGAUGACGGUGAAGAAGCGCCGGCGCAUGGCGUUGAACUUCGUGGAGCCCGGCUCCUACAUCAGGCAGGAGCGGCAGCUCCAGCGGCAGAUGGAGGACAAGGCGAUGGGCAUCAACCACCGGAGCAUACAGGCGCACAAGAAGCAGCUGCUGGAGCAGCAGGAGCGCCGGCUGGCCGCCAGGCAGAAGAUUGAGCUCGCAGGCGAACGCGGAGUCGCCAUCGACGAGGUCACCGACAACGUCGAGGAGAUGAACCCCAACUUGAUCCCGCUCAAGGCGGGGUCGAGGCUGGACAAGAAGGACUCAUGGGACGACGACGAGCCGUGGCUGGAGUGGUGGGACCGCGGCAUCAUAAUCCUCAAGACGGGCGAGGACCCGUUCAAGACCGCCAACGCCAAGAAGCACCAGACGCUCGACGUGCAGCCGGAGCUCUGCAUGAUCAACGAGAAGAAGUUCAACAACUACAUCGAGCACCCGUGCAAAAUAGACGGGAAGAAGAAAAGGGCCAAGGAAGCACCCGCGAUCAUGCUCACCAAGCAGGAGCGCAAGAAGCUCCGCCGCCGCAAGCGCGAGGAGAAGCUCAAGAAGAUCCAGGACAAGAUCCGCGUCGGGCUUAUACCGCCGCCGCCGCCGAAGCUGAAGCUCUCCAACCUCAUGCGCGUGCUCAAGGACCAGUCGGUCGCCGACCCGUCCCGCGUGGAGAAGCAGGUGCGCGAGCAGAUGGAGGAGCGCCUGCGCAACCACGAGCGGCGCAACGAGGAGCGGAAGCUCACGCCGGAGCAGCGGUCGAAGAAGCACGCCAAAAAGUGGCAGGUCGGUAAGAACGAGGAGAUCGAGGCCGCGCUGUUCACGAUCAAAUCGCUCACCGACACCAAGCUGCUCUUCAAGGUCGACAUCAACGCGCAGCAGUUCCACCUCACCGGCUGCUGCAUCGUGGCCAGCCACGGCCCGUCGGUGGUGGUGGUGGAGGGCAGCAAGCUCUCGGUCAAGCGCUACAUCAAGCUGCUCAUGCGGCGCAUCAAGUGGGAGGAGAGCGAGGCGGCCGCCGCGAGCGACACGCCGAUGCCGCUCGGCGUCCCCGCCGGCCAGUUCUGCAAGCAGAUUUGGACCGGCAGCGUCAAGCGCCGCAACUUCUCGCACUGGAGCGUCGCCUUCGCGGAGUGCGACGAGGAGAUAACCGAGAUACUGCGGCCGUUCAAGGCCGGGCACUACUACGAGAUGGUGCAGAAGUACAGGGACCCGUUGGAGGACAUCUGA